AUGAAUAAUAGUCAACACCCCCACGGUGGAAGCGGCGCGACGCCAUACGAUCGAGACCGCGAAAUCGAAGAGAGGCACCGCGCCAUCCAGCAGCACGAGGAGAUGGCCCGUCGCGAUCAGGAGCGCAGCGACCGGGAACGCGAACCGAACGAACGCUUCCAGUCGGCCGCCGCGCCUCAUCACAGCAGCUCGGCCGGCUCCAUCCCGAUCCACCAGCCCCAGCAGCAGCAGCAGCAGCCGCAGCAGCCUGGACAGCAGCCUGGACAGCAGCCUGGACAGCAUCCUGCCGGUGUUGCUCAGGGUCAGCAGCCGAUCCUCAACGACGCCCUCACCUAUCUCGACCAAGUCAAGGUUCAGUUCCACGACCAGCCCGACGUGUACAACAGGUUUCUGGACAUCAUGAAGGACUUUAAAAGCCAGUCCAUCGACACGCCUGGCGUCAUCAACAGGGUAUCCGAGCUGUUUGCCGGGCACCCCAACCUGAUCCAGGGAUUCAACACCUUCCUGCCGCCGGGCUACCGGAUAGAGUGCGGCGCGGGCAAUGACCCCAACACCAUCCGGGUCACGACUCCCAUGGGUACGACGAUGCAGCAGAUCGCCGGCCGCGGAGUCCACGCCGACGUCACCAGCGCCCCCAGCGCCCAGCAGGGAUUCCAGGACCGCGGCGCUCAGUGGCAGCGUCCCCAGCGCAGCGUCGAGAGCCCGGAGGCCACAUACGGCACGCCCCUCCAGAACGGCUCCAGCCUCCUGGCCGUGGCUCAGGGCGCCUCUUAUGAAGGCGCCGCCCAGCAGCGGCACCCUUCCCAGGUACCGGGCGGCGCGGGCCCCGGUGCCCAGGCCGGCGUCCACAGCGCAAACGCACCGGCGCCUGCCGGCCCGGGCCCUGCUAACGGAGCUGCCGGCCAGGGUGCCAUGAGCGCAAAGGGCCCUGUCGAAUUCAACCACGCCAUCUCCUACGUGAACAAGAUCAAGAACCGUUUCCAGGACAAGCCCGAGAUAUACAAGCAGUUCCUCGAGAUUCUCCAGACCUACCAGCGCGAGCAGAAGCCGAUCCAGGAGGUCUACGCGCAGGUCACCACUCUGUUCCACGAAGCCCCCGACCUGCUGGAGUCGUUCAAACAGUUCCUGCCCGAAUCGGCCGGGCAAGCAAACAAGGCCACACCUGGGCGUGAGGACGGGGCGAGGACUCCCCAGCCCGGCGGCCGGGAUGGCCAGAAGAUGCCGCCCAUCGGCAGCUUCGCGCCCCCGGCCAGCGCCAGCAAGGAGAAGAAGCGCACGCGCGGCCCCGAUAAGCAAGGUGUCGGCGCGGCGCCCCCUCCCGCCGAGCCUGCCCCUCCCAGCCGCCCCCCUCCGCAGGCUGCCACCCUCAUCAACGGAAAUAAGCGUCCGAAGCUGAGCCACGCCCGGUCGACGGCCGACGGGCUGGCCGUCGAGCCCACCCUGACGCCCACCAUGCCGGAGCCGUACCCCCCGCAGCCGGCGUCGACGUCGACGCAGGAGGAGAUCGCCUUCUUCGAGCGCGUCAAGAAGUACCUGGGCAACCGGUCGUCGAUGAACGAGUUCCUCAAGCUCUGCAACCUCUUCAGCCAGAACAUCAUCGACAAGAACACGCUCUUCCACAAGGGCGUCCAGUUCGUCGGCUCCAACCCCGAGCUUCUGAGCUUCUGGAAAGCCUUUGUCGGCUGCGACAGCCGGGACGUCGUCAUCGACAACCGCCCCGCCCCCCCCAUCGACAAGGUGUCCCUGAGCAACUGCCGGGGCUACGGUCCGAGCUACAGGCUCCUCCCCAAGCGAGAGCGCCUCAAGAGGUGCAGCGGCCGCGACGAGCUCUGCCAGUCCGUCCUCAACGAUGAAUGGGCCUCGCACCCUACGUGGGCGUCCGAGGACUCGGGCUUCGUCGCCCACCGCAAGAACCAGUUCGAGGAAGGCCUCCACCGCAUCGAGGAGGAGCGCCACGACUACGACUUCUACAUCGAGGCGAACCUCAAGUGCAUCCAGCUCCUCGAGCCCAUCGCCCAGUCGAUGCUGGCCAUGUCCCCCGACGAGAGGGAGAGCUUCUACAUGCACAACGCCCUUGCCGGCCAGACCACGUCCAUCUUCAAGAGGAUCUGCAAGAAGAUCUACGGUGACCGGGGCAUCGACGUGGUCAACGACAUGUACGCCCACCCGUUCGACGUCAUCCCCGUCCUCCUCGCCCGCAUGAAGCAGAAGGACGAAGAGUGGCGCUUCUCGCAGCGUGAGUGGGAGAAGGUGUGGCACGCUCAGACGGAGAACAUGCACCUCAAGAGCCUCGACCACAUGGGCAUCCUCGUCAAGUCCACCGACAAGAAGAACCUCACGGCCAAGCACCUGGUGGACGUCAUCAAGACCAAGCACGAGGAGCAGCGACGGGAGCGCGCGCUCCGCGGCAGGUCCCCCCAGCACCAGUUCGUCUGGGACUUCAGCGACAAGGACGUCGCCAUCCAGCUGCUGCGGUUCGCCAUGCUGUACAGCCUCAACGCCGGCCAGCACAGCAGCCAGGAGAAGGAACGCAUCCUCGAAUUCCUAGAGAUGUUCGUCCCCGCCCUGCUCGACAUCACCGAGGAGCAGCUCCAGGACAGGCUUCCGCGGAUGCCCCUCGACUCGGGCGAGGAGGACGUCGAGGACCACAUCCCGGCCGAGCUCUCCAGCGGCCGCAGCCGCCGCAACGGCAAGAAGGGCGACCUCCUCCGAGGCGUCCUGGACCCUGGCCGCAACACGAGCAGGUCCCGCCAUCAGAAGGAAGACGGCGCCACCGCCGCCGCCGCUGCCGCCGGCAGCAAGGAGACGACGCCCGACGUCGGCUCCAACGAAGAGGACAUGCCCGACGCGCCCGAGGACGGCUCCGGGGCCGACAUGUCGAACGAGCGGUGGAUGCCGGGCGUCCCCAAGCCGGUGGUGGUGGGUGACGCCAACGCCCUGCUGGACUCGGACGGCGAGCUGAGGGCCGACGGCCUCUUCGCCCGCAAGUGGUACCACUUCUUCUGCAACCAGAACAUCUUCGUCUUCCUCAGCAUCUUCCAGACGCUGUACAGCCGGCUCCGCGACAUCAAGGACAGCGAGAAGACGGUCGGGAAGGAGGUCGAGCGGCUGAACAAGGAGAAGCCGGCGCGCGACAUCGGCUUCAACGAGAGCCACAUGGACUUCUUCACGCCCGAGGACGAGCCGUCGGCCUACUGGCCCAAGACGGCGGAGCUGAUCGAGGAGUACAUCGCCGGAAACGUCGACGAGAACAGGUACCACGACAUCAUGCGCCACUACUACCUCAGCAACGGCUGGAAGCUGUACACGAUCCAGGACCUGCUGAAGACGCUGUGCCGCCUGGCCCUGGCCUGCAGCAGCACCGACUCCAAGGAGAAGACGCCGGACCUGAUCCAGCAGUACAUCAACAACCGAGAGAAGCAGGAGACGAGCUAUCAGACGGAGAUAAGCGCCAGGAAGUUUGCCGAGAAGUGCGUCAAGGAUGGCGAGCUAUUUGCGAUUCGCUGGUUCCCCGAAGAGUCCAAGGCGACGGUGCGCUGGCUGCAACGUGACGAGACGACCUUUUACACGGACGACAUGCAGCUCCGUGAGCGGUGGCAAUACUACAUCUCGUCAUUCAUCCGGGUGGAGCCGACGGAGGGCAUCGCGCGGUCGCGGCUGCAGAAGUCGGUGCUGACGCGCAACCUGCCGUCGGGCGACGCCGAGUCGGACGACGGGGCCAUCCCCAAGCUCCUGUCGUACGAGGAGGCCCUGACGGUCAGCAUCUGCCUCAAGAGCUCCAAGAUGAUCUGGGAGCCGGGCACGUCCGAGUACUUCGUGUACGACCAGUCUCCCAAGACGCGGGAGCAGCGGGAGCGUCGGGAGAAGUUCACCAGGGCCCUCAGCAACCACCGCGAGCUGGAGCUGACCAAGAAGUUCGUCCACAACCCCCCGUGGGCAAAGGACAUGUCUCCCGAGGAGGUUCAGGAGCAGAAUAGCAGUUUCCGCAAGUGGAUGGAUGACGGUGUAGUCCCAUCCGGUUCCAACGAUGUCGACAUGGAGUGA